AUGCUUUCAGGUUUCAGUGCAUCGGAACUUCCCCUGGUUCAAUCGUACCAGCCUGUGACACCCCAACUCAACUAUGACGAGAAUGAUAUAGCCCCUGCUAUCCCCGCGUUUGGAACUACGCCCGAUGUCUCGAAAAAGCGUAAACACACGGAAGUGACUACUGGCUUCUCUGAUGACUUCGACGAGGAGUCCUACGAUGUCAGCGAUACUGAAGUUGAGGGUGACCCGAGCGCCGUCUUGACUGGCAGUGAGACGCAUCCAGCCAAACGCCCAAGGACCACAAAGCACGAGGGCGCGGCGGAAGCAUCCUACUUCACACGCCGAGUAAAGACAGAUGAGGUCUGGAUGACCGAUCGCCUCACCUCUUUUCCUGGCAGAUUCAGCGACCUCAUGACGGAAGACAUCGCCGAGAUACUGCGGCGCAAUGUGGUCUUUAUCCAUACUAACCUUGGUGCGGUGAUCAAGGGCCUUGCAGUUCAUCUGAACCCAGCAUUUCACGAUCGCGUAUUCAUGAUGUUCAGCAAAUCAGCCGUGAGCAUCCCGCGUGCACCCCAGAUGCCUCUUGAACAUCGAGUCAAGGUCGGUAUGGUCUUUAAGGAGCGAACAGUGGGGUUCUCCUAUGACGAAGGUACUCCUCUCGGAAACGACGCCGCUGGUACUGCACUGGGAAAGGUCUCCAUGGAACGGCGGUUUCAUAUCGUUCGCGCCAUUGUAGGCGACAAUGAGUUCCUGACUACGUGUGUGGAGACUCACGGUGAGCGAGGGCUCCGCGCUCCGUCCAUACCGCCGGAUACGUACUGGCAGUGGCUACGCGUAGCUGAUGUUCGCGACCGAGACCCCACUAACCAUGGCCCUCAUGGCGUUCUCAAGGUGGACACAAGCCAGGCAACGAAGUCAGUUCGGAUCUCGGAUAUGUCAUACGUGCUUGCAGGCGCGUCCAGUCGAUGCACACUUACGGAAGACUGGGAUUUCGCCGGAUAUCUCGAUGAAGCCAGUGUCACUCUGCUGGAGACGAUUGGAAAGAGAGUGACAACAUCGCAGCGAAACGACAAACUGAAUCGCGAACUCUAUGACUCAAUCAACUGGGAUGCUAUAGACGAUGGCCGUAACGCCAUGGGUCUCGCAACGUAUCCACGACCUGACCGGCGGUCACCCCCUCGUCGAACUGAGACUCCUCAACAUCACCCGUAUGACGACGAGUCGGACAAAGAUCGUAGGCGUUCCGAGCAUCGCCGCCGCUCUGAUGAUGGACGAGGUCGAGACCACCGGGCUUCAUCUCGACAGGAUCGUGGCUACUUCAACACCGCAUCUUCCGAGAGGGAUCGACCACAGCGUCCUCGUGAUUCAGACUCCAAGAACACUGAGUCUCGGCCAGGCAAGGGAAAGAGGGCCGAGCAAUAUGACGACGUCGACCGAAGCAAGGCUGAUGCCCCUCGCGGGGAUCACACCGCAGAAGCUGAUCAGUCCUGGAACAAUGCUGUUAAAGGCAUCACGGCCGGUAGUGUGUACAUCAGCCCCAACUAUCACGGCCGGCAGUCUAGAGGCCGGACCGACCGCGUUGAUCAGUCCUGGAACAAUGCUGUUAAUGGCAUCACGGCCGGUAGUGUGUACAUUAGCCCCAACUAUUACAGCCGAGAGUCUAGAGGCCGGACUGACCGCAAGAACGACGACGAGGGUCCUCCCGGAUCGCGUGGCCUUGGUGGUUCUUACGAUCGCUUCUAA